CAACAUGAACUGCAGCGUGCACCACAGUGUGCUCCUCAGUUACGGGAUGGAGAAGAGGCUAGACCCAGGCACUCUGCAGCUCCUCUGGGACUUUGUCAAAGCAAAGGAGCAAUUACUCAAGUCCCCUUACUUUCCAGUGCUGUUUUCGUUUACAGCUUACCUGACUUUCUGUCUUCCUUACAUUGCACUGGACUUCUUAAGCACUAAAGUACCAGCCGUGAGAAAAUACAAAAUCCAGCCUCUGAGUUAUCCAACUCUGGGAAUGAUGGUACCGUGUAUGGUUCAGUGUGUCUAUCAUCACGCUGUCUUUAUCUUCCCAGUGACAGUUGCUCAUUGGUACUGGAGACCAGUGGAUUUACCAGUAAUGGCUCCAGACCUGCCGAGGGUCCUGCUGGAUGUAACGGUUUGCCUGCUUCUCUUUGAUUUCCAGUAUUUUCUGUGGCAUUUGCUUCAUCAUAAGGUGCCUUGGCUCUACAAGACUUUUCACAAGGUUCAUCAUAAGCAUGUAUCUACGUUUGCUCUUACCACACAGUACUCAAGUGUUUGGGAGUUACUUUCACUGGGAUUUUUUGCUGCCAUAAAUCCAGUGUUGCUGAAGUGCCAUCCUUUGACAGAAAUGAUUUUCUUCCUUGUUAAUAUCUGGCUGUCAGUGGAGGAUCAUUCAGGCUAUGAACUUCCAUGGUCAACAAACAGACUGAUGCCAUUUGGCUUGUAUGGAGGAGCUCCGCAUCAUGAUCUCCAUCACCUGAAGUUCAAAUGUAACUAUGCUCCUUACUUCACCCACUGGGACAGACUAUUUGGAACACUUGCUCACGCACGUUCACAACAAUAACAGGGAAUUCGUCUGUUACCUACCUAAUUUUGUAAAGCAAAUAAAUUAAGAGUAUAUUUUUUUUCAGAGCCACAGAAAUAUAUAUAUAUUAUGUGAAAACAUUUAUAACAAAUCUAAUUUAAUGUUUGUAUAUAUAUUUAUGGAAUUGCAUAUGUAAUGUCUGUUACUACUUGUUUGGAAACAAUGUCACAUUAUAAGGAAAGUAUUGAGACACUCGCUGCCUUCUUUCCUUUGAACAUGCUAGCUUUUAUAAAGCAUAUUGUGUUACUGUGUUUUAUAUGUACAGAGAAAUAUUUUCUUGAUGUUCUAGGAGGACUUGUGAUAUGAAUAGAAACAACACACAUAGUGUGCAUUAAGAAUUCCAAGAAACGAUCUUAUUUUAAAAAAGGUUGCUUCUGGAUGGCGUUAAAUGUCUAAUCUGAUUCUGUUUUUCUUUGCAAUAAUUUGGAUCUUUAUAUUGCAUACCCCAGUAUAUUCUUUUUUAUUUUUUUAAGUGGAAAUAAAUCUUCAUAUUUGU